AUGUGUGCCAAAUAUGAGUUCGAAAAGCCAAAUGACCGAAGAGCACUUGAGCUUAUGAAUGCGGCGGCCAAGGCUGUGGUGACUGAUAUCCCCGAGAUCACUAUUGCCUAUGGAGUAAGCGACGAGUAUAGUUUUGUUUUUCACAAAUCUAGCAACCUCUUCGAGAGGAGAGCGAGCAAACUCGUCACCACAAUUGUGUCUACAUUUACAGCGAAUUACGUCUACUUGUGGCCGACCUAUUUUCCAGACACUCCCCUCUCAUUCCCUCUCCCGACCUUUGACGGUCGAGCGGUCUGCUACCCAACUGUGCAGAAUCUUCGUGAUUACAUGAGCUGGCGGCAAGCUGAUUCCUUCUGGAAGUUGAUACAACUCGGAGGCCUCGACAACAAGGAGGCAGAAAAAACACUUGCAGGCACGCUGGCUGCGGAUAAGAAUGAAAUACUGUUUUCUCGGUUCAAAAUUAAUUACAACAACGAACCGGAAAUCUUCAAGAAAGGAAGCAUUGUGUUCAGAGAUUACGAACUGGCCGAGCCCAGCAGUCACGAUGCCGCCGCCGCAGCAGAUGCCCUUUCGGAGCCGGCAGUGCAAUCAAAAUCACAAGCUGAAAAAGACAAGAAGCGCAGGGCCAAGGCGAAGGUGGUGGUGGAACACUUGGACAUCAUCAAGGAUGAAUUUUGGGAUAGACGGCCCUGGAUCUUGUCGGGCAAGCCUGGCAAGGCGUCCAAAGAAAUACAAAUUUGA